AUGGGGGGCUGCGUGUCGAUUGAGGAAGACCCUAGAGGCCGAGUUGGGCCCGCACCUAGCCGAUCGUCGUCCCGCGCAACCCACUCAAACCGCGUUGCACCGCAAAGCCCCUCUACAGCAAGCAAGCUCUCGGCGCGCAAGUCCUCCCCCAUGCGAUCCCCCUCUUCCGCUUCGGCCUCCGCUUCCGCGUAUCGUUCCGGCGGACUCCUCCCAAAAUCCAACGAGAGCAACAUUAGUGCCGCCAGUGGCGGAAGCGGAAGCGGCCGUCGAUCCUGCCCGCAAACACCGCGCGGGAGUUCCGCCAGCGGCUUCCGGACUCCCCCUGGCAGCGGCGGGCUGGGUUCCGGCCGACGCGGCGGCGCACUUGCGGAUCGAACGGCUCUGGCGAACAGCGGCGUCGCCACGUCAUUGCUGCGCGAAUUUUCGUACCAGGAGCUAUGGAUAGCGACGCGGAAAUUCGAGAAGGAGGGGAAGCUGGGGGAGGGCGGAUUCGGGAGCGUUUUCCGGGGAACGAUCGAAGAGGAUGUUUGCGCUUCAGGCGCGGGGAUGGGCGCGGGGAGCGGAGAGGGCGGGAAGCGGAAGCUGCAGGUUGCGGUGAAGGUGUUGAAUCAGGGGGGUCAGCAGGGGGAGACGGAAUGGAAGACGGAGGUUCGGUACCUGAGCGAGCUUCGGCACCCGAACCUGGCGGCGCUGCCUCUAUUCGCUUUCCCCCUCUCCUCUUUCAUGUUCCCCUGUUGCUCUUCCCUCACCCGCCUCUCAAAUCCGCCCCUGUCAUACGCCAUCCAGCCUCUGCCAUGGGCGGUGCGCAUGAAGCGAGCGCUGCACGCUGCCGCUGUUCCCGUAUCCCUUCCCCCCCUCCUUCUCAUCUCCAUUCCUGUUCCCCCCUUGCUUCCCCCCUUUCCCCUGCCCUUCCCCCCUGCCAAGCGUCAUCCAGCCCCUGCCAUGGGCGGCGCCAUCCAGCCCCUACCAUGGGCGGUGCGCAUGAAGGUGGCGCUGCACGCGGCGCAGGGCUUAGCGUAUCUGCACGAGGAGGCGGACCGGCAGAUCAUCUACCGCGACUUUAAGGCGUCCAACAUUCUGCUGGACGAGGACUUCAAUGCAAAGCUCUCUGAUUUUGGGCUGGCAAAGGACGGCCCCGAGGGCAGCCAGACGCACGUGUCAACGCGGGUCAUGGGCACAUACGGCUACGCCGCCCCCGAGUACAUGAUGACCGGCCACCUCACCGCCAAGUCAGACGUCUACAGCUUUGGAGUCGUGCUGCUCGAAAUGAUUAGCGGGCGGCGGGCCAUGGAGCCGGAGUUCCCGAGGCGGCAGCAGAAUAUCGUCGAGUGGGCGCGGCCGUUUCUGGUCGAUCCAACGAAGAUGCUGCUCUUGGUGGAUCCGAGGGUGGGCGGCGAGUACUCGGUGAAAGGCGCCCAACGGGCAGCGGUUUUGGCACGCAAGUGUCUGAACAAGGACCCGCACGCGCGGCCGCUAAUGUCGGAAGCGGUUCGGGUGCUUUCUUCGAUUCAAAACUUGACGGAUCUUGCGAGUAAGCUGGAGCAGGCUCAGCGGCUACACGGUGCUUAG